GGAACCAUGGGCCGAGGGCACCUUCCUCGCACCUUCCGCGCGACUCUCCAUUCCCACCCUCCCUUGAAUUCCCCUCGCCCCCUCCUUCGCGAGCUUUCUCCCUCUCUUAAUUUUUUUGCCCUCAUGGUCGCAGCCUCGAUCGCGCUGCAUUGCGCUCUCGCUGCCUUGGAUCGGGGUUUCUGCCUUUAGACCUGCUUCCCUUUGAGCUUGGAGUAACUUGAAACCGUCCGGGGAUGGCUUGGAUGGCGUAUUGCUAGGGAAGUGGAAGCAGAUUUGACGAUAGGAAGGAUUGUCUGUUAGAAGGAGUCAUGGAGACUUCGGAGCGAGAGCGGCAUUGGCCACCCGAUCGACAGCUCUAUGCUCUGCUGCAUUUAUCUCCUGAGGCCUCCGACGAUGAUGUGAAGCGGGCUUUCAGACAUUGGGCGCAAAUUUACCACCCUGACAAGCACCAGACGCUGCAGAUGCAGGAUGCUGCUACUCAAAAUUUCCAGAAGAUUCGGGAGGCAUACGAAAUUUUGAGUGAUGAGCGAAAGCGGCAAGUGUAUGAUGUCUACGGAAUGGAAGGCUUAACUUCAGGUUUAGAGUUAGGUCCGAAGUUGAAAUCAAGACAUGAGGUUAGAGCUGAGUUUGAACGCUUACAGCAACGCCAAGAAGAGAGCAGAUUGGCAGCUCAUGUCCACCACAGAGGAUCAUUGCUAAUGAACUUAUCCUUACUACCAGUGUUGGAAUCGUAUGAUCCCCUAAGCAUGAGCGGCAUGGCUAUGACAACACUAGUGCAAGCACAGGUAUCGAAAAGGGAUACCGUCAUGUUGGGAGGGAAUAUGGCUUUGAGGAGUGGUUUAGGCAGGGGCUCUGUGACAAUGGGUUUAAGGCGCCAACUUUCACCAAUAUCAACGGUAGAAUUUCUAGCUAUGGCUGGGCUCCGCUCGAUUUUGAGUCUACAAACUUCAAGGCAACUUUCUACACAUUCAAGGGGGACUUUAGGAUUAUCAGUUUCGUUGAGGGAUGGUUCAGUCACGUUAGCAAAUAAUUGGUCACGCCUUCUGACAGAGGACACUACAGGCAAUAUACAACUAGUUAUUGGGUCAGAUACUGGAAUCUCAGUCGGUUUGCGUAAAUAUGGCAAGAAAAAUGCUGGCUCAGCAGAUGUGAAGGUAGGUCCUACCACCUUUGGAGUAUCAGGUCAAUACAUUCGCCAUUUUUCUUCCAAGUCGCAAGGUCGACUCUCCGGAAAAAUCGGCAGCACUGGAGUAGAAGUUAAGGUGGGUGGGGAGAGAAGACUUUCUGAGCACAGUUCUGCUGCCAUGUUCUGCGUGCUUGGACUUCAGGGUGUUUCUUGGAAAGUCCGAUUCACCCGAGGAGGCCAGAAGUUCGUCCUUCCUAUUAUGCUCUGCCCAACAUUGAAUCCGUAUAUUGCUGCUGGUGCUUUAAUUAUGCCAUCAUCCAUUUACGCAAUACUUAAGACCUUCGUUUUUCAACCUUACAACCUCCGAAGAAAUAGACGAAAGAGCCUGGAACUUAGGCGAGCAACUUACACACAGGUUAUUGAGGCGAGGGCUUCUUCGGAGAAAUCACAAUUAUUAUUGAAGAAUGUAGCAGAGAGGAAGAAACAAAAGCAAGCACAACGGCAGGGGUUAGUUGUUCUGGCAGCCGUUUAUGGUGAUAUUAGGGAAUAUGAGCUAGAGAUAAAUUGUGUGGAUAAGUCUGCAAGCACCGAAGACAAUGAUGCGGAUCUACCUCCUCCCUAUUUAGAUGUUGCCAUUCCUUUACAGUUCUUGGUUGAUGAUCUUGGACGCCUUCAGCUGCACGAAGGAAUCAGUAAGGCCGGUCUUAUGGGUUUUUGUGAUCCAUGCCCGGGUAAAUCAAAGCAGUUGAAGGUGGCUUAUAGCUAUUCAGGUUGUCAACAUGAGGUGGUUGUUGGAGACUUCGAUGAGUUGAAGAUACCGCAGGAAGCACAUAGGAUCCAACAUUCUUCGUCAGAGAACCUUGAUCAAGAACUUGAGAGAAAAUCUUUUUCAAAUGACAAUUGUUCUACGCAUGGCUCACAAUUCCUUCUUCAAAGAAAUUGCAAAAACCAAUCAAAAAGAUUACAAGCUGAUAAAGUUUCUCAACACCCAAAAAAUAAACACUUUAAUAUCAAAGGAUUGAAAGUCCAUUCUGUGGAUAAUAGUGAAAUUAGAUUACAGAUGCAAAUAUAUCCUUGUAAAAUUCAACCAACAAGGGUUGGUAUCAAAUGUACAUCUCAAAUUUUCACAAUUGAUGAUUUUGGAAACAAGAUUCUGAAAUCACUUUCUUUGAAAAAAAAACAUAAUUGUGGUAGUUCUUUUCCAAAAACAUUCAAGUUUUUAGCUACUACUUCACAAUAUAAUGAAGUGGCAUAUUUUGAGGGGAUUCAAAAAGCUAUGUUUAUACAACAAGAAACCCAAGUUGUAGAAUUUAUUGGAAAAACAUUUGAAGUCAUAAUUGACCGUUUUUGUAGUUUACAAGCAAUUGUUGGGCAACAGCAAUCAAAAAUCUUUGACAUAAAAGGCACAUCAAAUUGUUAUGAAAAUAAGGAUUUACAAAAAAAAUCACAUAAAUACUAUUCUAUGGAUUUUCAAAUGCAAGAAAAAAUUCACCAAAAUAUAUUGGCUUUCAAAACCAUGGUUGAAUAUAUAGUUUUCAAGAAUGUAAUGUGUAUCUUAAUGGAAAAUAAAUUAGAAAAAUAUACACAUACACCUCAUUGUGAUGAUUUGUGUUGGGUGCCUAAUAAUAACAAAGCUAUUAGACUUCAAGUGGAUUCAAUUCACGUUUGGUUUGUAGCUCAAGAUCUUAUUUACAAGAGACAAUCUACUUUUGACAUAGUUGAUUAUAAUUUUGGAGAUAAUGCAAAUAUUUUCAAAUGGAAAGAUGAAGACAAAUGUUGGAAUAAAAUGUCCUUUUGUAAAUACGGGUCAAAGAUUAAAGAGCAUCCCAUAUUUGUGUCAAAUUUAACCCUUGUACAUAUGACAAAUUCUUGUUUUCUUACAUGCAAAUAUAUUAUUGAUUCUUCGAAUCAAAAUAAAAACUCUUGUUAUGAAAUUACUUUUGGACCUCAAUUUAAAUUACCAGAAUACAUAGUUAUAUAUCCAAUUGCAACAAUUUUACUCUUCGGCUCAACCUAUCAGCUAUGGUCUCAAUUGUUAUUGGCAAUGGAACAAAUACCUAAAAAAUACAUAUGCAUGAAGACAUAUAAAUGGAACGUAUAUUUUGGUUUUAAGCAUUUGCAACAGUGGAGCCAUUGUCUUACAUUAGAUUUUCAACAAGAAUGUUUUCUUGCUAUUUCCAAAAAACUAUUAUAUUGUGCAAGCAAAGCUUUUGGCAAUAAUGAAACCCUACAUAUUCACAUGUUAUUCCAAGGAGCUUACUUUAACCAAUUUCAUUCUAUAUUACAUAAUUCAAUGUGCCACAUAAAAAAUUUGAAUUCAAUCAAAAAAAUGAAAAAAUGGUUUUCAACAUAUAUUUACCAUCAUUUUAUAAUGGCUUCGUGUCUAAGAAGAGAGUUAUUUAUUAACAAGAAGAAUAAUUCCAUUUGUGAAGUUUUCAAGUUUGUUUUUAAUGGUCCUCAAGAAAAUUCUUGUGUACUUAUAGGAUUGGAAGACAACGUGUUUUCAUGUAUAAUGGAUGAAUCCAAUUUCAAAACUGGUACCAAUGAAUUUCCAAAUUUUCUCCACAUUUUGUGCUUGGAAGAUAUUUUUAAAAUACAAAAAUCCAAGAACGUAUCUAAUAUUUAUAAAAUAGAGGCUGAGGAAGAAUUUCCAGAGUACUACAGAGGCAAUUUUGUAGAUGAAAGAAGAGUUAUUAAGGUUAGAAGCACAUUUUCACAUGAGAUAGACAAAAUCGAAACACCAUUUAUAAAUGGCGUUCUUUUCCAAUUUUUCACAGAUAUAAUGCUUACAAAACACAACAACAAUGACUCUUUAAAUAAUUGUAACACUAUUCUGAAACUAAUUUUAACUUCAAUUGUAGUCAAUAACUUACAAAGAACUCUUGAACUAGAAUAUGAUUCCAAACAACUAACUUUACUACAAAACUUCAAAUUUGGGAGUUCUAAUUAUGUCAAACCAAAUGUACCAUUGAAAAGCCACAAUGAAAAUAACAUGAAUGUUAUUCUCCAAGUUCAUUUUGUUUUAAUAGAUAUAUUAGAGGAACUGCAUAAUAUCACUUACUAUAAUGAAGUAAUGAAUAAAAAGAUAAAAAAUGAGCAUGUUGAUGAUAAGAGAAGGCAAUUUUAUUUGGAUUUUGAUAAGAAUAUUGUACGAACGAAGGAAUUUAGAAAUUAUAAAGAUAAAAUUCCUACAAAAAUUACUUUGAUUGAUAAUUGUGUGAAUAAAGGACAAAAGUAUGAAAAUAACCAACUUCUAGUGGAUGAAAUUCAAUGCAAUUUAAUUUCCAACCUUAGUAACGAACGUGUGAGACAAAACGUAUUUGAUGAUGAAUCUAAUUGUUACCACUUAAAAUUUUCUUUCACAAACUAUUCAUCAAAAUAUUGUCACAUUGAAUCUGAUUGCCACAUAGUUAAAUGUUUUGUUCAAAAUUCUCACUUUAUGCAAGAACCAACUAAUGAGAUCAAUCAAGAAGCAAUCAAAAAAAUCAAAACCAUUUCAAAAGAUUCACCCAAUAAAAUUCACAAAAAUCCCGAAAAAAAUAAAAUACUUGUUCCACAAAAACAACAAAACAUUGAGUUUGGUAACCAAAUGCAUGAGUUGUCUCUUGAUACAUGUUCACAUGAUUUGAGUGAAAGAAAUGAGAAAUUAUUUAAUAGUGAUCAAAGUAUCAAUGUGAUUCAUCAUGAAUUACCAACUAUUGAGCACAUUCAAAUAGUAGCACUAAAAAAUGAAUAUGAAUUCAAUAUCCUUCUUAAAAAUUACACAUACAAAUGUAGACAAUCCGCAACCAAUUUUACAAGUAGUAUCCCAUGUUCUUUGAAGCCUCCAUGCACAAGUGAUAAGAUGUUUUUUCAAAAAGAUAUAUUUCAAAAUCAUGUAGUUAAUCUUAGACAUAAUGAUAGCUCCACAUCAUAUCAACUACCAAAUGGUGCAAAAGCUUUAAAACCCAAUAUUACACCUUAUGUAAAAUCCAUUCAAAGAACUACUAAUAAUAAUAACAAAAAUGAUGAAAAAAUAUUAAAUCAACCCAAAGAGUCAUCUUCUCAAAGCCAUUCAGCUACACCAAAAUAUGAUGGCAAUUUUCAAAAUAAAGGACAUUAUGCUGCAACAGAUCCAAUGGAUUCAUGGGAAAUAUCAACUCUUCCCAAUCCACAACAUCGUUGCAAAGCACAUCUUUGUUCAAAAAUAAAAUUAAGUGAGAAAGAAAACAAAACAUUGUAUCCUUGCAAUCCAUAUCCUUAUCAAAGAAACGAACCCUACAAAAGUAAACUCAAUGAUAAAUCUAAACAAAGUAAACCAAAUGUUUAUCCCUUUUAUAAAAAGUGCAACUAUGGGAAACAAAAUAUGAAUACAUUCUCUACCAAGAAAAAAACUUCUUUGAGUGUAGGUACUUACCAAAAGAAAAGAAGUAUGACAAAAUCGACUUUGCCAAAUCUACACAAUUAUUCUAGAAGAUGCCAAUUCAUAGUAGAAGAUGAAUUUUUCUUCCAAUCUCAAAAGUCACAAUUCAAACAUAAAGCACGAGACAAUAUUAGUGAUGAAAAUUUUAUUCCAUUUGUGUUUGAUGAUGCAAAAUUCAUAAUGCAAAAUGAUUCUGAAAGCAUUGAUUUUUGUAAUAUUUAUGAAGAGGUAGUAAAGAAGAUUGAACCAUUUGCAAAAAGUACAAGGAAAAGUUUUGUUCCGCCAACUUUCUUACCCAAAAUAAACAAAAACCAUAAAUUUUCCAAAGGUCAAAAUUAUUGUUUUGAUGAAGAUACUCAAACUUCUCCAAGUGUAGAAGAUUCAUUGAUAAAUGAUGAUCAAUGGAAUAGUUUGCAAGAAAAAACAUGUAAUGACUACAUGCAAGAUAAUCCUCAUCUUAAAAAUGAGAAUAAAAUCACAAUGACGUCAUUAAAAGGAAAAGAUGAGUGCCAUCAUAUUAACAAAAAAUGUAACUUGGAAAAGAUUUAUGGCAAAUCGUAUUUUUGUAAUUCAAUCAAUAGACAUACAAAAACAUGCUAUAAAUAUGUCUCUGAAAGUGAUCCUCUUGAUGUAAUAAAAACCGGGAAAUUCAUUAAUAGAGAUGAUCCAAAAGUGUGUACAAAAUAUGGCAAACAAUGUCGGGAACAAUGUAUUGCUUUGCAAAAAGCUCGCUUAGAAGUAUUAAACUGUACAAAUGAACGUCACUUAUAUUCCAACACAGUUCAAAAAACAUGGGAGCAUGAUUUUAAUCAAUUGUAGCAUUCUAGCAAUAUAGAUGAAGGUAACGUAAAUGUACAAGAUAAAGUGAGAAGGAAAGUAGUUGAAAAUAGUUUAGAAAAUGAGUGUAAUUGUAACAUAUCAAAAAGGUGUACUAAAAAUGUAAUUUCAAAACCAUCAUCAAAACGUCAAUAAUAAUUUGUUUGAAACAAAAUUAGUGAAUUUAUUUUUAAAUGGAGAGACUGCUUUUAUCAUCUAUAAUUAUAAUUUUUCUAUUUAAUGUAUUUAUGUAUAUUUUUUAUUUAAAUAUGUAAAUAAAAAUCAAAUUUUGAUUUUGAUAUUGUUAAGAAAGUGGUUCAAUUUAGUAAAAUACAGAACACCUAUUGGUUUAUGUAUAUAAAUUGACAAUAAAUCAAAACUGAUGAAUAUACAAGUAAUAAUAUUCUGAAAAACUGAUAAUAAAUGUUCUUACACAGAACAAAUAUUGUAUACUUUUCAAUUUGGCGUGUUUGUAAAUUUUCCAAGUUCUUGUUUAAAGCUCACUUUAAAAAAUAUGAUGUUUUAAAACAACCAUAAAUAUUUGUUCCAUAGAUUUUUAAAGAAAGUUAUUUUCCUUCACAAAUGCAGCACAUUUGAAAGAUAUUCAAAACAACAGAA